UUCAUGUGUCAUGACUGUGUCGUGUUCAUGACAGUGUCAAGUAAAGUGUUACCCAAAACAUUAAGGUGAGGAGAUAUUUUGUAAUUUGUAUGUGUCAGAGUCAUUUUUCAUGUUGGUGUUGUUUUUGUAUUAAAAGCGUGUAGGUUAUUAGUCAUUUCAAACUUAAAAACGUAUUAAAAAGUUGAAGUUAAUAGCUUGAUUUGAGUCAACUUCAAGCUAGCAAGCUAAAAGCAAUGUGGUAGCUAGCUUAAAAUGUUUGUCGAGAGGUCGGUUGGGGAUGGUUGUCACAUAUGUGGAGAUGAAUAUUUCAAUCUAACUGCUUUAUUUUUUCACCACUGUAAAUUCCUUUAUUUUACUUCUCGUUACAGAGAAUACUUGAAACAAAGAAUUACCUUGUUCAAAUGCAUGAUUUAAACACAAGGGGCAUUGAUGAGUACUAUUACGGGGUAUCCAUUUCAAAACUUUUUCAAACUUUCAUUCAAUGCAGGGAUGACUAUUGAAAGAUGUUGUAAUGAUGUUCAUUUACACAAGAGUAAAACGUGUGACAACCAACCCCGGUCUCCCCUAAAGUAUAUUUUCUGUUUGUAACUUUAUUGUAUUACAUUUUGACUGCAGGGCUUAUUAAUUAGUAUUGUAUUUCUUCUUAACAUUUGCUGUGAAAGUUUUGAAAAAAAACGUCAGAAAACGCUAGCAGUCAACUCGGACAGAUGAGAAUAUAAAUAUAGCACACCAUCUAAAGAAAUGUUUGUUUAAGUACAAGUGUCAUCUGAAACUGGAACUGCAGCUUAGCUAGUAUUUCCCAGGACACAUCACGCCUUGUCCGUGCCUUAAAGUCUCCCCGCUCUGGGGCUUUGGAGAACUGCAAGUCCCAGAGAUCUCGGCAUCAGUGAACCCAGACCACGGGCUUGGAUAACAUGGCAGCGCCGUCCAGCAACACAUGCGGGGCUAUGGAGCGCUCUAUCCGGGAGCGGGUCCCCCCUCUGCUCACGGACCUGUACCAGUUCACCAUGGCGUAUGCGUACUGGCGGACCGGCCGGCACCAGGAGCCCGCCGUGUUCGAGCUCUUCUUCAGGGACAACCCGUUCGGCGGCGGCUUCUCGCUGUUCGCCGGGCUGCACGACUGCCUGCUGUUUCUGCGCAGCUUUCGCCUCACAGACGAAGAUGUUGAGUUCUUGCGCUCCGUCCUGCCCCCGGACACCGACCCCGCCUUCUUCCAGUUUCUGCGAGGCCUGGACUGCUCCGGCGUCACGCUCCGCUCCGUCCCAGAGGGCACUGUGGUGUUUGCCAGGGUGCCUCUGAUGGAGGUGUCAGGUCCGCUGGCUGUGGUUCAGCUGCUGGAGACCAGUUUACUGUGUCUGGUCAACUACGCCAGUCUGGUGUGCAGUAACGCUGCCCGUUUCCGCCUGGCGGCCGGCCCCAAGAGGAGGCUGCUGGAGAUGGGCCUCAGGAGGGCUCAGGGACCAGAUGGAGGGCUUACCGCCUCACGAUACACAUACAUUGGAGGGUUUGAUUUCAGCAGUAACGUUCAGGCUGGUUUCCUGUUUGGGAUCCCCGUCGCAGGGACCAUGGCACACUCAUACGUCACUUCCUUUACCUCCCUGGAGGAGGUGUGGCCACAAACUCUUGUGGCGGUGAACGGGGAGAAGGAUCCAGUUAACAUCAUCUCGUUGACGAAGGGCUGGCUGAGUCGUGUGUGUGAGCUUCUGGGAGCCGAGCCUGGGAAGAUCAGCGAGGGCGAGUUGGCUUCCUUUUUGUCGUACGCCAUCGCCUACCCUCAGAACUUCCUCCCAGUGAUCGACAGCUACAGUGUUGCCUGUAGUGGUCUGCUGAACUUCUGCGCUGUGGCCUUGGCGCUGUGUGAACUGGGCUACAGGCCUGUCGGAGUGCGUCUGGACAGCGGGGACCUCUGCUGGCAGUCGGUUGACGUCCAUCGUGUCUUCAGACUCUGCAGCGAGCAUUUCUCCAUCUCGGCCUUUGACUCGCUGAUCAUCGUUGGGACCAAUAACAUCACAGAGCAAAGCAUGGCGGAGCUCAACAAGAAGGAGAAUGCGAUCGAUGUGGUUGGCGUUGGAACACAUCUGGUCACCUGCACACAACAACCCUCGCUGGGCUGUGUGUACAAGCUGGUGGAGGUGAGGGGGAAGCCCAAGAUGAAGAUCAGUGAGGACCCAGAGAAGAGCACUGUCCCCGGGAGGAAAGCUGUCUACAGGCUAGUGGACGCUGAGGGCCAUCCUUUUCUGGACCUGGUGUGUCUCGCUGCGGAGCCUCCUCCAGAGGUGGGAGGUUCUCUAAACUGUUACCCUCUGAGGUGUGAUGACUCCUGUAUCUCAAUCAUUCCAGCUCAGGUCGCCUGUCUGCGCCAGGACGUGUUCACCAAAGGACAGGUCACACACCCUCUGUGCAGCGCUGCAGAAACUAGAGCAAAGGUCCAGGGCUCCCUCCAGACUCUGCACCCUCGACACAAGAGGCUGCAGGAGCCAGACUCUUACACAGUGGCGCUGUCAGAGAAACUCCAUAACCUUGUCACGGAGAUUCGAAAAGGAAGCUCCAACAGCAGGAACUUUCUCUUGGCCAACUAAAGAUAAUCCGAGACAACUGUUCUGUUGUCAUCUCCUGUUUUCUUCUUUUUUUUUUGGUCUUUUUAUUGACACUCUUUUCCAAAGUGCCUCACGGUAAAAGAAGUGCAUACUAUUCUAAAAGUGUACACACCAUGCUCUCCAAAUACAGGAAUACACAAGUGUGCUGUG